CCGGGGGCUCCGGCCAUGGCCAUGACAGGCCCCACGCCGUGCUCGUCCAUGAGUAACCACACCAAGGAGAGAGUCACGAUGACAAAGGUGACAUUGGAAAACUUCUACAGCAACCUCAUUGCCCAGCACGAGGAGCGAGAGAUGAGACAAAAGAAACUAGAACAAAUGAUGGAAGAAGAAGGCCUUAAAGAUGAAGAGAAAAGACUCAGGAGGUCGGCACAUGCACAGAAGGAGACAGAGUUCCUUCGCCUGAAGAGAACCAGGCUUGGACUGGAGGACUUUGAAUCUUUAAAAGUAAUUGGCAGAGGAGCAUUUGGAGAGGUGCGCCUGGUCCAGAAGAAGGACACGGGGCACGUGUAUGCCAUGAAAAUCCUACGCAAAGCUGAUAUGCUUGAGAAGGAGCAGGUUGGCCACAUCCGUGCAGAGCGGGACAUCCUGGUGGAGGCAGACAGUCUGUGGGUUGUGAAGAUGUUCUAUAGUUUCCAGGACAAGCUAAACCUCUACCUGAUCAUGGAGUUCCUGCCUGGAGGUGACAUGAUGACACUGUUGAUGAAGAAGGACACUCUGACAGAAGAGGAGACACAAUUCUACAUUGCUGAGACCGUGCUCGCCAUUGACUCCAUCCACCAGCUGGGGUUCAUCCAUCGGGACAUCAAACCAGACAACCUCCUCCUGGACAGCAAGGGCCAUGUGAAACUCUCAGAUUUUGGUCUGUGUACUGGACUGAAGAAAGCCCACAGGACAGAAUUUUACAGGAACUUGAAUCACAGUCUUCCCAGUGACUUCACUUUCCAGAACAUGAAUUCCAAAAGGAAAGCAGAGACUUGGAAGAGGAAUCGCCGGCAGUUGGCUUUUUCUACGGUGGGAACUCCAGAUUACAUUGCACCUGAGGUUUUCAUGCAGACUGGAUACAACAAACUGUGUGACUGGUGGUCCCUGGGGGUCAUCAUGUACGAGAUGUUGAUUGGUUAUCCACCAUUCUGUUCUGAGACUCCUCAAGAGACAUAUAAGAAAGUGAUGAACUGGAAGGAGACCCUGACAUUUCCUCCAGAGGUUCCAAUCUCUGAUAAAGCAAAGGAUCUUAUUUUAAGAUUUUGCUGUGAAUGGGAGCACAGAAUUGGUGCAUCUGGUGUGGAGGAAAUAAAGAGUAACCCAUUCUUUGAAGGGGUUGAUUGGGAGCACAUCAGAGAGAGACCUGCUGCGAUUUCAAUAGAAAUUAAAAGCAUUGAUGAUACCUCAAACUUUGAUGAAUUUCCAGAAUCUGAUAUCCUUAAACCAACAGUGGCAACAAGCAACCACCCAGAGACUGACUACAAGAACAAGGACUGGGUUUUUAUCAAUUACACCUACAAGCGUUUCGAGGGCCUGACAGCCCGAGGAGCAAUUCCAUCCUACAUGAAAGGAGGGAAGUAACACAGCUUUACCUGGGACUGCUGAGCCAUGGAAUUCUGUUGCUGUACUUUGGGUUUAUACUCAUAAAAGAACUUGUUGUUUUUGUUUUUUUUUUUUUAAGAAAACUUGAGGGCUGUCAGCUCUUGGAGAAGACUUCAGGACCCUGUUUUGUUACACACCUGGUUGUUAUUAAGGAUUUUUUUUUUUUCCUGUGCCAUUGAAAAAUUCCACAGGUUUGCAUCAUCUCUGCUGCCAGCACCUUUUGCUGCUUCAGGAGCAAGAGGUUUUUUUUUUUUUGUAUUCUUUGCCAGACUGUCCAGUCCAUCGGGAGAUGAGAGCAAGCUCUCCCUUUGGCAUUGCAAAGCAUGGGAUUCUAUAGGACUGCAUCCAGUCCUGCAUUAAGUGACAAACUCAAUCUGCCAAUUCUGCCAGCACUGUUUGCCCAGUAGCUGAGGACUCCAGGACAGAGGAAACAAAGCAAUAAUUGAAGCUUGAGACAAACAACUCCCCAGGAAACUGUCUAGCAGAAGGACACAACUUGGAUUGCCUUAACCUUACUUUGUAGUGCUGUUUUUAUAAUGUUCCAUGGAAGCCUCUUCAAUAGCAUUUCUCAGCUCUGUCGCUGUGGCCCCCAGUUCUGGUGCACUUUACUUUUGGUACUAAGUGACCCUCAAGCCAUUUAAUAUUUUUUCUAAAUUAAAAGAGUUUGCAACACUUUUUUGCUUUCCUAAAUAGAGGAGAAAUGGGCCAUUUCCUCCACUAAGCGCUGCGUUUUUGGUUACUGUAUGUCAGGAUGGAUCUAUAAACAAUGCAGAUAAACUACAGCUGGUCACAUAAGUGGGUCUGGAAUUAGAGCAGAGGGAGGGAAAUUCCAGGAACCUGAUCCUUGGUGGGCAAAUUGUGCACAGCUGGGCCAGCCCUGAGGCUCCCCAGGCUGGC